AUGUCUCUCACUGAAAUGCAAUCUAUCGUCAACUAUCAGUCGAGUCGACUUCGCUCAAUUAUGCGAACAUAUUUAGAGGGGGAACAAACACGGUCGGCGGAGUCGAACAAGGAAUUCAUGAAGGGAUUUUACCAAGAGUUGGAGGUGUGUGGAACGUGGAUCGCUGUCGCCAGUUUGAAGUACGAAGGCUUGAUCCAAGCUCCCCCCUGCUACAAAGAAUGUAUGCUCGUGGUGGUCAAUAACGGUACAAUGGUUCGAGAGGCUUGGGUGGAUGCAAUAUCCGGGACAUCUGGUGCGCCAGAUGGUUAUUUGGAUCGAUAUGAGCGGGCAUGGUGGAAGGAUGGACUGAGCGCUGUCUCCCCAAUUCAAGACGUUAGUGACUCGGUCGCUGUUUGGAAAGCGCAGUCACCCAAUAUGUGCCGUGCGCUAGAGCCGCUCCCACCACCGGUGACUAGUCUGGAGUCCCUUUCGCAGGAAAGACUUCAUUCGGCCAGGGCCGUCGCUCGAGACUUACGCGCCUUGAUUGUGAAGGAAGUUGCGGAACGUGUGGCACGGAUAAAGGAUCUCCAGGCCCGGAUCAUUCACAUUACGAUGGAGAGGAAUAGGGUAGAAGCGUUGGAGGUUGAAUACCAGCGGAAUCAGGCAUUAGGAAAGGAUUGA